AUGUCUUCGGCACCGGCGCAGCUGCGCUUCAAGUGUGACAAAGAGAACCCCAAGAUCUUAGUCCUCACGACACAAAAGGUCCUCAACUUUGCCAAAGCCCUCUCCAUCCCCGUCGUAACCACGACCCAAACAUCAGCCAAGCUCGGUCCCACGGUUCCCUCCCUUGCCGAUCUCCUCCCGUCGCCGCCGCACGACAAGACGCGAUUCUCCAUGUUCAUCCCCAGCGUGGUUGCCGACCUCGCCCCCGGCUCCGAGAUCGCCCUCGUCGGAAUCGAGUCCCACAUCUGCAUCACCCAGACGGCGCUGGAUCUGCGCGAUGCUGGACACAAGGUGUACGUGCUCGCGGAUGGCGUGUCGAGCUGCAAUCCCGGCGAGGUGGGCGUUGCGCUGGACCGGCUGCGCGCCGAGCCCGGCAUCACCGUCACGUCGAGCGAGAGCUGGAUGUACGAGUGCGUGGGGGACGCGUCGCAUCCUGCCUUCAAGAGCCUGAUCGGCGUCGUCAAGGGGUCAAUGGCUGAUACCAAACAGGUCUGGCAGUCGUUGCCUCCUGGUUCCAAGAUUUGA